AUGUCGCUGUCCUCCUUGAAUGCCGGGACUUCCUGGCGAGCGCAAUUGCUCCGUUGUGGGCGUCGCGCCCAAUUGCCCGUUGGUCGUCGGUUUCAUACUCGCCUGGCCAUAUCCCAACCGAAUCGAUCAACGAGACCAACACUGAUGAGGGCCACCACACUCCAGCCCACGAUCGAGGCUUACCUUUCUUCUUCCACCACCACCACCUCCUCCUCCCUGAAAACUACGACAUCAGUAGCGAUCGUUCCACCGUACGCCGGGCAAGGGAACUAUUCCACUUCCACGGCGUCGCCCGCCAACGUCGUCACCCCAAAAGAAGUCAACCCGGCCACCCACUACAUUCCCCCACAAACUGGCAUCAUCGCCUCGUUGCCCGCGUCAUGGAUCCCAUAUGCUGAAUUGAUCCGCUUGGACAAACCCACGGGCACCUACUACCUCUUCUUUCCGACCCUCUUCUCAACCCUCCUUGCGGCCCCCAUGGCAGCCGAGGUGAUCACCCCCCUGCAGGUCCUGGGCACCUCAGGACUCUUCUUUGCCGGAGCACUGAUCAUGCGCGGUGCCGGAUGCGCCAUCAAUGAUCUCUGGGACCGGAAUCUUGACCCUCAUGUUGAACGCACCAAGUUCCGGCCGAUUGCCCGGCGCGCGCUCUCGCCGCAGAGCGCAGUGCUCUUCACGGGUACCCAGUUACUCGCGGGCCUCGGGAUACUGCUGCAAUUCCCCUCGCAGUGUCUCUGGUACGGCAUCCCCAGUCUGCCGCUGGUCGUGGCAUACCCGCUGGCCAAGCGCGUCACCCAUUACCCCCAGGCUGUUCUGGGCCUGGCUUUCUCGUGGGGGGCCAUUAUGGGCUUCCCCGCGCUGGGAAUUGAUCUGCUCGCGAAUCAGGAUGCCCUGAUGGCUGCUGGUGCCUUGUACACCAGCUGCAUUGCCUGGACGAUCCUGUACGAUAUGAUCUAUGCACACAUGGAUAUCAAGGACGAUGUGGCCGCGGGGAUCAAGUCGAUUGCGCUGCGCCAUGAACACAAUACCAAGGCGGUCCUGACGGGCCUGGCGGCAGCUCAGGUGGGAUUGCUGGGUGCGGCGGGUGUUGCGGCGGGCUGUGGGCCGGUGUUCUUCGUGGGCAGCUGUGGAAGUGCAGUGGCCACGCUGGGCUGGAUGAUCUGGAAGGUGCAGCUGAAGAGCGUUCCCAAUUGCUGGUGGUGGUUCAAGAACGGGUGUCUGCUGACGGGCGGUGGAAUCAGUCUGGGAUUAUUCGGCGAGUAUCUGGCCCAGUACUAUGGAUUGUAUGAAAAGGACGAGCAUUCGGAUGGAGUGACUGUAUCAUAG